AUGGCCGAUCAAGCUCGUAUCCAAGACUCAAAGGAGAAGUUCCAAGUUGCCUUCGAUCAAAUAGUCAGUCAGGAACAGGCCGCUAAGGCCGUGUAUGAGCAGGAGGAAUCAAUGGGCUUAACUGAUGGUGUCGCAUUUGACGCCUGGGCAGCUCAAAACCAGUACCCUCCCUACAUGCACGCCAAGCACCAGUACCAAGGCGCCAGAGCUGCAUAUGAAAUGGCACUUCAGCAUGGUGACCCGGAAGGUUAUCAGGCCUGGACAGAAAAGGUUAAAAAGGAAGCGUGGGACAAUAUGGGCCCUAAUGGUCCUAAUUUUAAUGUCCUCGUGGGCCCUAACUAA